AUGGAUGCCCCCCGAAGAGACAUGGAAUUGCUCAGCAAUAGCCUGGCGGCCUACGCUCAUAUCCGCGCCAACCCGGAGAGCUUCGGCCUCUACUUCGUGCUGGGCGUCUGCUUCGGGCUGCUGCUCACGCUGUGCCUGCUGGUCCUCACCAUCUCCUGCGCGCCCCGCCCGCGGCCGCGGCCCCCCGCGCGGCGCCGGGACCCGCGGGGCGCCCCGGAGGAGGACGACGACGACGAGGACGACGAGGAGGAGGACACGGUGACGCGGCUGGGCCCCGACGACACCCUGCCCGGCCCCGAGCUGUGCGCCGAGCCCGACGGCACCGCGAGCGUGAACGUGUUCACGUCGGCGGAGGAGCUGGAGCGCGCGCAGCGGCUGGAGGAGCGGGAGCGCAUCCUGCGGGAGAUCUGGCGCACCGGGCAGCCCGACCUGCUGGGCGCCGGCACGCUGGGGCCCGGGCCCGCGGCCACGGGCACGCUGGGCCGCGUGCACUACUACUGA